CAGCGCUUAGGAUUUGGCAGGACUUCGUCCGACGUUCAGUGUAUACCGGCUGUUGUACUUUCUUCGCUGCGUCCACAGUAUAGCAACUCUCGGCACCUUCGGAUGUCUAAUCAGAAUGUCCUAGUGACAUACUCUGCGCCAGUGUCGUUUCUGGCCUCAGAGAGUUGGAGGCAAAUGCUAGCUGCCUUGCAAUCUCAGCUACCACUUCGGAGCAUUCACUGGAAGUCAGCUUCCCGACCGAAUCUCAAAACCGUUCAGGAACUUGAACUUACUCUUGUUCCUUUGGAUUCUCUCCGCGAUGAACACACGUCACAAGUACCAAUCACUCUGUUAGAAAAGCCCUUACUCAACCUUUACGUUGUAACGAUAACGACUUGUACAAGACAAAUGUGAAGAAACAGAUCAAAGACUGGCAUUCUUCCAUAUCCCAGCGGAAGAAUCAAAAUGGAUCAUUGUGCAUGUCGUUCGUUCUGAUGUCAAGACCACAGACCAUUUUAAUAUUGACAAGCGAGACCGGUGCGACUACCCGCCUAUCGCGUGCUACUGCGACAGAACUGGAUAAC